AUGUCUGCCUCAUCUUGUAUUCCCCCCAUUGCCCUGCCGUUCGUCAGCGAACAGGCCAAGCGGACCCUGGACCUGGUUGAAGAAUUCGUUGAAAAAGACUGCAUCCCCGCCGACGCUGUCUUCUCCGCCGAGCUCGGUGAAGGCGAGCAGCGAUGGACCACCACCCCCGUCGUCUUGGAGAACCUGAAGGAGAAGGCCAAGAAGCUCGGUCUAUGGAAUAUGUUCCUGCCUAAGAACCACUUCUCCCAGGGUGCUGGAUUCUCAAAUUUGGAAUAUGGAUUGAUGGCCGAGUUACUCGGCAAGAGCAAGAUUGCAUCGGAGGCUACCAACAAUUCUGCCCCAGAUACCGGCAACAUGGAAGUGUUCGCCAAGUACGGCAAUGACGCCCAAAAAAAGCAGUGGCUCGCACCCCUACUAGAGGGCAAGAUCCGCUCUGCAUUCCUAAUGACCGAGCCCGACGUCGCGUCUAGCGAUGCCACAAAUAUUGAGCUUGACAUCCGCCGGGACGGCAAUGAAUACGUCCUGAACGGCUCGAAAUGGUGGUCCUCCGGCGCCGGCGAUCCCCGCUGCGCAGUCUACCUGGUAAUGGGCAAGACCGACGCCUCCAACCCAGACAGCUACAAGCAACAAUCCGUCAUCCUCGUCCCAGCCGGACUCCCAGGCAUCACAGUGCACCGCAUGUUGACAGUAUACGGCUACGACGACGCGCCCCACGGCCACGCCCACAUCACAUUCAAGAACGUCCGCGUCCCCGCCUCAAACAUGGUCCUUGGCGAAGGCCGCGGCUUCGAGAUUAUCCAGGGUCGUCUCGGACCCGGCCGUAUCCACCACGCCAUGCGUGCGAUUGGCGCCGCCGAGCGCGCGCUCGAGUGGCUGAUUGCCCGAGUCAACGACGAGCGCAAGCAGACUUUCGGCAAGCCUUUAGUUGCGCACGGUGUGAUUCUCGAGUGGAUUGCCAAGUCGCGGAUCGAGGUUGAUGCUGCCCGUCUUAUUGUUUUGAAUGCUGCUAUCAAGAUUGAUCAGGGUGAUGCGAAGGGCGCGCUGAAGGAGAUCGCUCAGGCUAAGGUUUUGGUUCCUCAGACUGCGCUUACUAUUAUUGAUCGCGCUGUGCAGGCUUAUGGUGCGGCCGGUGUUUGUCAGGAUACUCCGCUUGCGUACUUGUGGGCUGGGAUUCGGACUCUGCGGAUUGCGGAUGGUCCUGAUGAGGUUCAUUUGCAGCAGAUGGGUAAGCGGGAGAAUAAGUCUCGUAAGGAUGCGAUUAUUGCCAAGUUGAAUUGGCAGCGUGAGGAGUCUGAGCGUUUGCUUUCUGCUUCUGGGUUCAAGCCUAAGAGCCAUCUUUGA